UUAAAAGAAAAUGGAAAACAAUUUAGCCAACCGUAUCGCUGCUGAAUGUUUGGCAAAGUUUGAAAGCCUUCCGAAAAGUGGCAAACCAAACGAAACGUUCGAAUGGACCAUUCUUUCGGCGAUUGUGCUGGAACGGAUGAAACCGCAAACAGACGCGAGCGAAAUUCGUGUGGUCGCUUUAGCUACCGGUACGAAAUGUUUGGCAGGCAACGAACUUACCACUCGGGGCGAUCGUGUGAACGAUAGCCACGCGGAAGUGUUAGCGCGCCGUGCAUUUCUGCGCUAUUUGCACGAACAAAUCGAAAAUGCCCUGGAUGGAGCGAAGGAAAGCAUAUUCGUGGCAUGGCAAAGCUUGGAAAGGGACAAAUUUACCUUAAAGGAUGGCCAUUUGUUUCAUUUCUUUACCACCCACAGUCCAUGCGGUGAUGCAAGUAUUUUCGACAUCGAGCACGAUGAAAUGUUGCCACAACCACCGAAAAAGGCACGAAUGGAACAAAGCGUUGAUGGAACGACGGUCGGGAUGACGGGUGGUAAACUGCUACAGUCGGAAGAGCACGGUGACCUAAUGGCGCAAACAGUCGGACCGGUACGAACGAAACCGGGCCGAGGCGUUCGAACGCUUUCCGUUUCCUGCAGCGAUAAGUUGGCCCGCUGGAACGUGCUCGGUGUGCAGGGCAGCUUGUUAAUGCUGUUGCUAGAACGGCCAAUCUAUCUGGCAAGUGUGGUGCUAUGUGACGGAACGGAUCACUCAGCAGUGGCAAUGGAACGUGCGAUUUGGGGCCGUUUCGAUCGAUGGGCGGAGCAGAUGGAAAGCUUGCUGAAACAACCGUUUCGUCGAUGUCGGCCGGUGGUUUCUGUGGCAAACAAUGGGCGAAUGUUUCGGUUUCGGAAAAAUCGACCGCUUUCUAUAGAUGGUGGAAAGUAUCAACCGUCACCGUGUGGCGUUGUUUGGUGCGAUGUUGCGAACAGAUCGCACGAGGUGGAAGUAGCAGGUCGGCGGCAUGGAGUAACGAAGCGCAAACUUGCCACACCGGCAGCUCGUUUGCAGAUUUCUAAAAUCGAAUUAUUUAACCGUUUCGCACUAACGUACGGGCGUACCGUUGCAGCCAGCAACACACGAGACGCGCUGCAUAAUUUAGUUCCGACCACCAUGCCUGAGGGAAACGAGUCCAGCGUAACGCAUCCCGGUGCAAUCGUUCAACCGAAAGGUAGUGAAACGGUGGCUGCUGAAAGGAUUCCAAAUAUUGCCAAACUUUCUUACAUGAGCGCUAAAGCAACAUCGGUGGAAUAUGCGAAUCAGUGGGAUUUAGUGCGAAACAGUAUGUUUGGCCAGUGGACGGUAAAGCCAGAGAAUUUAGGACAGUUUUUCGUCGAUGCGGACGUAGGGGUGUAGGUAAUGUGUUGUUUGUUGUCACGCGGUAGUUAUUUAGUUAAUUUUAUAAAAAAUGCUUUAAAAAAUCAGA